AAUGUGGGACAGAAAGGGAGGAACCGCCGCACAAAGUGUCCACAGACUGUCAGCUGUUCGCCUCCUCCAUCAUCAUGUUACCUGGAGGUGUUUAAAGAGCAUUUAAAGCCGUCAGAGUCGCUGUGAAGCUCCGGAACUGCUGUAAUAUAUUCAUAUUUAUAUAUUUUUAAAGGGUGGAACCUUUGAUCUGCGUGCCUCAUUUCUACACGGAAUACUGUCACACCGGGACCAUAAAUACACCGACGUAGCUGUUCCUGCGGUGCAGCGGAGAGGAAACGAUGCAGGUUUAACGGUUAAUGUCGCCGCUUCAAUGAGACUAACAGGAGAAAGUAGAGCCGUUAGAGCCGUUAUUGUCGCGGGUUCCGGUGUGAAUAAAGAGUGAAUAAACCGGAGAUGGAGUCUUGUCGCCGGGGCGGACUCAGCGGGGUCCUGUGCUCCCUGUCCCUGCUCUGUGUCCUCCUGGACCUCCAGCUGGACGGGGUCUUGGGGGCGACCCACGUGGAGAUCGAGCACCACCUGGAGAUGGGACGCAAACUUUUGGCUGCUGGUCAGCUGGCUGAAGCCUUGUCCCACUACCACUCAGCUGUGGAGGGAGACUCUAAGAACUACCUGACCUACUAUAAGAGAGCUGCCGUGUUUCUGGCCAUGGGGAAAUCCAAAUCUGCCUUACCCGACCUGACCAGAGCCAUCCAGCUCAAACCCGACUUCCUGGCUGCCCGGCUGCAGAGAGGAAACAUCCUGUUGAAGCAGGGAAACACUCAGGAGGCCAGGGAGGACUUUGAAGCCGUGCUGCAGCGCUCCCCGGACCACGAGGAAGCUCAGGACCAGCUGAUGAAAGCUCACGAGCUGGAGGAGCUGCAGGAGGAGGCCCACGCUGCCUAUCACCAGGGAGACUACAGCAACGCCAUCUCCGUGCUGGAGAGAGUCAUCGAGAUCUCUCCGUGGGACCCUGAGUCUCGGGAGCUCCGUGCUGAAUGUUACAUCCGGAUGGGAGAUCCUCAGAAAGCCAUCCUGGACCUGACCCCGACCACGCGGCUCCGCAACGACAACCGCGCCGCCUUCCUGAAGCUCAGCAUGCUGCACUACAGCCUCGGGGAUCACCACGAGUCCCUCAAUCACAUCCGGGAGUGUCUGAAGCUGGACCAGGAUGAUAAGGAGUGUUUCAGCCACUACAAGCAGGUGAAGAAGCUCAGCAAGCAGCUGGACUCAGCAGAGGAGCUCAUCGAGCACGAAAGGUUUCAUGAUGCCAUUGAUAAAUAUGAAUCCGUAAUGAAGACGGAGCCUAACGUCCCGUUCUACACCAACCAGGCCAAAGAGAAGAUCUGCUUCUGCCUCGUCAAACUGAACUUGGCUCAGGAGGCCAUCGACGUGUGUUCAGAGGCCCACCAGAGAGACCCCCGCAACGCCAACGUGCUCCGGGACCGAGCCGAGGCUUACAUCCUCAACCAGGAGUACGAGAAAGCCGUGGAGGACUAUCAGGAGGCGAGAGAGUUCGACAGCGAAGGCGAGCGCCACGAUCUGAAGGAAGGUCUGGAGCGAGCGCAGAAGCUGCUCAAAAUCUCUAGAAAGAGGGAUUACUACAAGAUCCUCGGUGUCGGCAGGAGUGCGAACAAGCAGGAGAUCAUCAAGGCGUACAGGAAGCUGGCGCAGCAGUGGCACCCCGACAACUUCCAGUCUGAGACCGAGAAGAAAGAGGCCGAAAAGAAGUUUAUCGACAUCGCGUCGGCUAAAGAGGUUCUCACCGACCCAGAAAUGAGGCAGAAGUUUGACGCCGGCGAGGACCCUCUGGACCCUGAGAACCAGCAGGGGGGCGGGGGGGGCGGGGGCCAGGGCUGGCCCUACCACUUCAACCCCUUUGAGUCCGGAGGAAGCUUCCACUUCAAGUUCCACCACAACUAGAGCGGAGAGCUCAGGAACAGGACGUUUGUUUUGGGAAGAAGAAGAAGAAGAAGAAGAAGAAGAAGAAGAGCGGAUUAACGGAGAUCCGGAGUCUUCCUCUGAACCGGAUCUCCGGUUCGGUUACUUGAACAUUUAUAUUUGAGCGUCAGGAGGAAAAGACUUCCUUCUCCCAGCUGAGACUGAAGCCGUAACCGUGGAAACGAAGUCAACACUUGAGCUUCUCUCUAGGAAUAAUAAUGGAAGAGGUGGUGGGUGACAGUCGGCUCUUAUUACUCUCUCAUUUCUUUCUUUGUGCCAUUCUUUUACCAACAGACUCUUUGUUUUUUUUAUUUGUUUUUUUGUUUUUUUUAACGCAGUAGCAGCUUCCCUAGUCGGACUGUGAGUGAGGUGGUUUUCUCUAAAGGAGCGACAUGUUUACUGAUAUUUUUGACCGUGUCAAACUGAGAUUUUUAUACAUCAGAAAGACAUGCGGAGGCGUUUUGUUGAGCUUCUGUUAACGGUAAGUAGGUGAGACUUGAGCACUAUUAAAGGAAACUUGUGAGUGUUAAAGUUUUUAAAUCCUAUGGAUGUUACAUCGUGGCGCUCUGUGGUUGGUUUUGAUUUUAACUUGAUUUCACCUGCUGUCUAAUCGGGAUAAUGGAAAUAUUAUGUAUUAUUAUGCACCAAUCAGCUAAAUAUCAACAGAAAAAAUGAUUAGAUCAAACUUGUUUUCUUCAAAUUCUUGUUCAUUUUAAUGUCUGGUACAACUAAAGGUUCAUUUGUUUGGAUAAAUAUAAUAAAAACAACAAAAAUAGCUGAUAAGAGUUUAAUUUAAGAGCUGAUAACUAGACAUUUAACACUGUUUUCUUCAGAAUUAUUUUGGUUAUACCAUGACUGUAGAUGUGAAAAUGACUUAAAAAGACACAAAGUGACCAAAAAUAGACGUAAAAAUGACCAAAAAAUGACACAAAAAAAUCAAAAUUGAAACAAAUUGACCAAAAAUGACCAAAAAAUGACACAAAAUUAUCAAGAUUGAAACAAAUUGACCAAAAAUAGAUGUAAAAAUUACCAAAAAAUGACACAAAAUUAUCAAGAUUGAAACAAAUUGACCAAAAAUAGAUGUUAAAAUUACCAAAAAUAAUGAUAAUCUUCAUAAUGAUUUGAUAAUGAUUGUGGUUAUUAUCAAUAAAACCAUGUUAAAUGUCUAGAUAUCAGCUCUUAAAUUAAACUCUUAUCACCUAUUUUGUUGUUAUUAUACAGGUGCAUGUCAAUAAACUAGAAUAUGAUAGAAGAUGACAUCAUAACAUGACUUUUGGUCUGGUGUUAAUGACGAAGGGAGAACAAAACUGGGAAAAACUGCUGCAGAUUUUGGGUUUUUCACUCUAUUUUCACUCUCAUUGUGCAGAAUUUCAAAAUAAAAUACACAGAGCCUUGUGUGCAUUGCCCAUAAAAGCCUUAUUUUUAAACUUUCCUAUGCUGACACUAGCUAGCAGACAGAAUAAUACAGGUGCAUCUCAAUAAAUUAGAAUAUGAUAGAAAAAUGUAUUUAUGUCAGUAAUUCAAUUCAACCUAACAUUUGUUUGGACAAAUAUAAUGAGGAUAAGAACAAAACUAGCUGAUAAAAGUUUAAUUUCAGAGCUGAUAUCUAGACAUUUAACAUGGUUUUAUUGGUAAUAACUAAAAUAAUUAUCAAUAAAACCAUGUUGUGUAGCUUUAGUUGUACCAGACAUUAAAAUGAACAAGAAAUUGAAGAAAAAAAAGGUCUAAUGAUGUUUUUCCAUGAGUGUAGAUGCAAACAUUGCGGCUGUAACUUGGUUAAAUUCACACAUCAACAUGAAGAAGAAAACAAAGAGUUGUAGCGAUGAUGACGGAGUCAGAUUUCCCUUUUCACUCAUUUCAAAGUUCCUCUUUGAAAACUUGCACUUUUCCCCUUUUUGUUUGAAUAAACACUCCACAUCUGGUCCUCUCC